CUCUUGUCUGUUUUAGAUCUUUCGCUUUUGGAAUCUAUUCCACUUCCUAGAUUUUUUUUUUUUUGAUUGUCAUCUGAAACGUAGAUAUUUUCAUUUGCAAACCCCCAAACAGUUUUUUUAAGGUUAAGUCUGAGGUCCCAAAAAAAAAUCUCAUAACCUCAACACAAAAAUUGGGCUACAGAGUACAUGAACUCACAAUUCUCAGAUCUUCUGCAAAAACCUCUGUAUUUGGGGCAAUAUUUAAUUUUCCCAAAUGGCCACUGUGGUGAAAUUGCACUUAUCGUUACUAGAUUACAACCACCAUCGAACCAGCCAACCACAGCCAGUUCGACCGGGUUUUCGCCGGAGUUUGUGGGACCCUUUAAAGGGUAGAAAAGGUAGAGUCUGUGUGAAACCGUGCAGGUCGUUUAGGUCCGAGGAGGGAGAGAAAGAGAUGGAAAGUGCGAGAAAGGGUGGGAAUUUGAUGGAAAAUAAUGGGUUGCGGUCGGAGUCUACGAAAGGAAUUGAUAAAGUUAAGAAUAUUAUCAAGUCUCUGGUUUAUGGGUUCUCGGAGGUUAAGUUUCGAAAGGCAAUGGAGGAGUUUGAGGAGAGAUUAUCCGUGAUUGCUGUCCAAAUUGGGAGAUACAUUGUGACCAUGAUGAGCACUGGAGUAAUACUGUUGAUUGGAUUUCAGUUGUCAGGUGGAGAUAGCCAAAUGAAUGCUUUGAUAUGGUAUAGCUGGCUUGGAGGAAUUAUUGCUGGGACUUUGAUUGGUUCUAACAUGGUCUUAGACGAAGUAAGUCGAGCUGGUCCCCGGAAUGUAGUCAUAACUGGAAGUACAAGAGGACUGGGCAAAGCCCUUGCUCGGGAGUUUCUACUUUCCGGGGAUCGCGUGGUUGUUGCUUCUCGCAGCCCUGAAUCUGUAAAUAUGACUAUUAGCGAGCUUGAGGAGAACCUGAAGGAAGGUAUGGUUACUGCUGGCAGUUCUUCUAGGAGAAAUCUCGCACAAGCAAAAGUAGUGGGUAUUGCUUGUGAUGUUUGUCAACCCGAUGACGUGCUGAAAUUGGCCAAAUUUGCUGUCAAAGAACUUGGUUCUAUUGACAUUUGGAUAAACAAUGCUGGGACAAACAAAGGUUUUAGGCCUUUGCUGCAGUUUAGCGAUGAAGAUAUUCAACAGAUUGUCUCUACAAACUUGGUUGGAUCUAUCCUUUGCACUCGUGAAGCCAUGAGUGUCAUGAGUAGCCAGGUUAGGGGAGGUCACAUAUUUAACAUGGAUGGUGCUGGCUCUGGAGGAUCUAGCACUCCUUUGACAGCCGUCUACGGGUCGACAAAAUGCGGUCUUAGGCAGCUUCAGUCGUCCCUCUUGAAGGAAUGUAAGCGGUCAAAAGUCGGAGUUCAUACAGCCUCUCCAGGCAUGGUCCUGACGGACUUGCUCUUAAGUGGUUCAACCACUAAAAAUAAGCAAAUGUUUAACAUAAUCUGCGAGCUUCCCGAGACAGUUGCGAGAACCUUAGUUCCACGAAUGCGAGUUGUAAAGGGAAAUGGGAAGGCCAUUAAUUACUUGACCCCUCCUAGGAUCUUGCUUGCUUUGGUCACUGCAUGGCUAAGACGAGGUCGUUGGUUUGAUGACCAGGGUAAAGCAUUAUAUGCAGCAGAAGCAGAUCGACUUCGUAACUGGGCUGAUAACCGCACUCGUUUUUCUUUUACGGAUGCCAUGGAGAUGUACACAGAGAAUACUUGGCUUUCUGUCUUCUCACUCUCUGUUGUUUGUGCUUUCAUUAUCCUCUCUAGCACAGGUCCCACAUUCCCUGGAACCUAAGCUCUUACCCUUGAUGGGACAACAUUACGAAAAGAUACCAAGCGCCGGAUACUCAUGGAGGACUAAGUUACUCAAAUUACCAAGCAACAUAAUGCAACAAUGGCAACUAAUGGUGUAUGUUUUUUCUUCCUGCAUUCAUCAGAUCAUUCCUCCAACCAUUAUAGGUGCUUAAUUAUGUUAGAUCACAAACCUAAUUGGUUCACCCUUGUUCCCUCAUUUAGCGAGGAUUUGACGGGUUCUUGAGCAUCUUUCUGUAAAAAAUGAACACAAUUAUUGUUCUCAAUGAAUGAAGCAUUCUCCAUUGAGAUGCUUUGUAAGUUGUAAUAACUUCAUUAUUAAUCUGGUGGUCAAUCUCAUUGAAACUAUCUUCUUCCUUGUGUAUCACUUUUGUGAACAAUAAAGUGCAGAAAUAUUAACUUUACAUGAUCAUCUUGAG